GCGGCAAUUGCAAAAUCAACGAGAAUCCUUUAAAUUUAAGAAUUUACGCCAAAUUAAAACCAAAAAAUCAGCAAAAAGUGUCCUUAGUCAUUCCAGAAAAAAUGGAUGAACACGAAAAUGGCGAAUCCUCUGCUGGUUCCAUCAAUCCAGAUGAUGUCGUAAAUAUCCUUUUAGCGAGUGAUAUUCAUUUAGGUUACAAAGAAGACGACAAAGAACGCGGUCAAGAUUCCUUCAACGCCUUCGAAGAAGUCCUUCAAAUCGCCGUCGCCAAAAAUGUCGAUUUCAUCUUGCUCGGCGGCGAUCUCUUCGACAAAGCAAAUCCCAGCACGUACUGUCUCAAUCGCUGCCUGAUGCUCCUCCGCACGUACUGCAUGGGCGGCGACAAGCCCAUUCUCAUCGAAUUCCUCAGCGAUCAACGUGUCAACUUCAAAGAAUCUCUCAACCAAACCGUCAACUACGAAGACGAAAACUUGAACAUUUCCAUUCCUGUUUUUUCCAUCCAUGGCAAUCACGAUGACGCCAGUUGUUCGGGAAAUUUGAGCGCUUUGGACAUUUUGAGCACUUCCGGGCUGGUAAAUUACUUUGGAAAACUCACAAAUUUACAAAAUUUGGAAGUAAAUCCGAUCAUGUUGCAAAAGGGACAGACAAAAAUUGCCAUUUACGGCCUGAGUUACAUCCAGGACAAUCGAUUAACGCGACUUUUUGACGAUAAAAAGGUCAAACUUGCACUGCCCGAGAACACAGACACGGAUUGGUUCAAUAUUUUCGUGUUGCAUCAAAAUCGGGCGAAUCGCGGAAUGAAAAAUUACCUCCCUGAAGAGUCUUUGCCGGAAUUUUUGGACUUUGUUGUGUGGGGUCACGAGCACGAUUGUCGCAUUGAGCCCGAACAAAAUAGUAAAAAGCGGUUUUUUGUCUGUCAACCGGGAUCGACAGUCGCUACUUCACUCGCAGGAGGCGAAGCGGGCGUCAAAAAAUGCGCUUUACUCCAAAUUCAUCAGAAAAACUUCAAACUUGAACCGAUCACGUUGCAAAGUGUUCGUCCCUUUGUCUUUGACACAAUUUCCAUCGGCGACGUAAUCGCCAAUAACGAUUCUUUUCAAUUUGGGCGCGGUACGAUGGAGGAAAAAGUUCAAAAUUUGGCACGUGAAAAAAUCAAAGAAAUGUUGAAAAAAUGCGAGGAAUUGCGAACAGGUCAUCCGAAACAACCAAAAUUGCCGUUAAUUCGUCUCCGCAUCGAAGUCACGGAAACCAAUCAAAUGUUCCAAAUUGUCCGUUUCGGGCAGGCUUACGGAAAAAUUGUCGCAAAUUCGGACGACAUGAUCCUGUUCAAGCGUCAAAUCAAGCGACGCACCAAAGAUGACGUCAAAGUCGACAAGGAAGCGAUCGAGGAAGCGUUUCUCGUGGAAACCGAACAAAAAGUCAACAAAGUCGAGGAUGUGGUAAAGCGAUAUUUCGACGACGCGGAUGACGAUAUGAAGAUGAAACUCCUUUCCAUGGAUGCCAUGGCGGAAUUGACGCGUUGUAUCAUUGCCGGCACCAGCAAAAGUGACACAAUUUUCGAUUUUUAUCUCAAAGAAGGGCAGAAGUUCGUUGAUGGCUGCGCCGAAGAAGAUUUCGAACAAAAACUCGCAGAUUUUCGAGCGCAAGAAGAACAAGUUUUUAAGGGAUUGUUGCACGUUUUGGACACGGAACGUCGUGAAGCGCCACAAGAUGACCCCGAAGGUGACGAGGAAGAAGAUGAAAGUCCCGUUGCGAUGCCAGCAACUAAAGCAACGCGUGGUAGAGGCAGAGGAACGACAACGACCAAAGCAGCGACAACGACAAGAGGUCGGGGAAGAGGAAGAGGAGCGAAUAGUACGACAACGAAGCAAAAUACGACGAAAAAAGCGUUGAAUGUGAGCGUUUCAAACACAAGUCGUGCGAGUAAGGGAGGAAAAGGGGUUGUUGUUUUGUCUUCGGAUGAAUCGGAUUGAGAAAAUUUACAUUUGAAUGCGAGAAAAUGUAGUAAACCAUU